AUUUGAUACUACCUUCUUAUCCUAGAUGCACUUACUUCUCCACUCCCACGUACAAGGGUACUGAGGUUCGAGCAAAUUGUCGCUUUUCGUCGUCGACCAGAAGAUGGCGCACGUGGGGUCUAAAGGACCUCCGGACUUUUGGCCCCACCGAGGCCGUGGAUAAGCAUUCGCCCAGACCUGAUUCCAUGCCCCACCGAGGAACGGGUCUCUAAAUUAUGUAUGAAUUUGUGUUUGAACUGCAAGGGGUUUCUUUCUCCUUGGUUCCCAGGGCUGUCCCCUCCGGUAGCCAAUCUGAGCCUAGUUUUUUCAAAAGAAAUACUAAGCGAUUCAGCUGUUGCCUGCGCUUCAAUUAGCCGAGAUGACAAUUAUCGAAUGAGACAAACUUCUCUGGCCUCGUGAUUCCGAACACUCGACAUCCAACGGUCUCAGUGGAUACAACCUGACAGUAGCGCAAUAUAUUGAACUACUAUCUUUGCAUACGCCCUACCGACCUCAUGCGUAUGGCACAUGGUGCCAUGCAGUGGAGAUUUCCUCGCUCUUACCUAUAAAGACAGGUGAUCGCACUCUCUUUGCUGAUCAUUCUUUCCAUCUUUCCUUCUGUAUCUGGGCCAGGGACGAUCUUUCGACAAGAAGAGACACUUUUAAAUCCGAAAGAUGAAGUCCUUCAUUACAGGCUUGGUCACGGCCUCCUUGGCCUAUGCCCAAACCGCGAAGGAGAGCGAGCCUUCUCUCUCGGAUAUCCAAAGCGCUGCGGCUACCACCGAGCCAUACUCUCCUGUAUCUAAUGUGACUGGCUUGGCCUUCGACAAAUUCUAUCAAGUUUGGUUGGAGAACAUCGACUUCGAGGAUGCAGCCGCAGAUGCGAAUAUGAAAUGGUUGGCCACGCAGGGUAUCACCCUCAACAACUUCUAUGCAGUUACCCAUCCCUCUGAGCCAAACUACUGCGCUUCUGCCGGAGGAGACACGUUUGGCAUGGACAACGAUAAUUUCAACCAGAUCCCGGCCAAUGUCUCGACCAUCGCCGACUUAUUCGACACGAAGCAUAUUGCCUGGGGAGAGUAUCAGGAACAUAUUCCUUACCCUGGCUUCCAGGGAUACAACUUCUCCAACCAAAAAACUAAUGCCAAUGAUUAUGUGCGAAAGCACAACCCGUUGGUGUUGUUUGACUCGGUCACUAAGAACAGCACUCGUCUACGCCAGAUCAAGAACUUCACUAGCUUUGAGGACGAUCUGGCCGAUAAGAAGCUCCCUCAGUAUGCUUUCAUUACCCCCAACAUGACCAACGAUGCGCACGAUACCAACAUUACCUUCGCCGCCAAGUGGGAACGUAGCUGGGUCUCGCAGUUGCUCGACAACUCCUAUUUCAUGGAAAACACUUUGCUUCUCCUCACUUUUGAUGAAGACGAUACCUACAGCAAGACAAACAGGAUCUUUAGCAUCCUCUUGGGUGGUGCCAUUCCUGACCACCUUAAGGGUACCACAGAUGAUACGUUCUAUACUCACUAUUCGAUCAUCGCUUCUCUGUCGGCAAACUGGGGUCUGCCAUCUCUGGGUCGGUGGGAUUGUGGUGCCAAUAUCCUUGAGAUUGUGGCUAAUAAGACCGGCUACGUCAACUAUGAUGUUGAUACUACCAACCUUCGACUCAAUGAGACAUACCCUGGCCCGAUGUCCGCUGGCGAGUAUUCUAAAUUCUCACCGGUGUGGCCUAACGCCUUGACAAGUGGCAACUGUUCAGCUGGCCAUGGAAUUUUGAACAUCGUCAAGGAGACCUACAAGGGAACCACUGCGACAUACAACUAUACGAGCCCCUUCCCAUACGAUACGAAGAGCGGGUACAACGUCAAGGUCACCGCGACUAAGAAGAGCACUAGCAACAAGGGGUCUUCUUCCUCAUCGAUCCCUACCCCCAACACUGCUGUCCCCUUCGUUUCGCCUACUGUCGGGUCUGUUUCCGGUUUGCUGAUGGGCCUGUUCCUUGCCCUUUUCUAAUGGCAUUGUUAUGCGAUAUAUCUCUAUAUAUGUGUUCUAAAGCUGCCUAUAGGCCUGCCUUGAAUGUUCUAUGUUGCAAGAAAAAGAGUGUUCAUAAUGACUUCACGAGUAAUGUCGUGAGCAUAAAAUUUUAGGUUAGUAAUUAUGGAGGUUUGCUAUUUAUGUACACUUUUGCCUUUUCUUCGUAGCUUUCGACAUGUCUUCGCUGGGAGUUCACCUAAUGUGUGGAUUGGUUGAUUCAAUACUACGUAAUGGCGGCAAACAUUA